ACUGCCCUAUGAGGUUUCAUGACCCCUGACCCUCUGUCUGUAGAGUGCUGAUUGGCCCAGUGUCAAUAACAUGCAUCCCGCCCAAAAUAAAAAAAUUCUCUAGCAAUACACACCAAAUUGACCAUGUGCAGAGUUUCUCUUAGGGCUCUGUACUAUCAGCAGAUGGACUGGGAACUAGAAGACGGGCUCAAACAGCCUUUUUACACAAUGCAGAGGAUGAACCCCUUAGGUUCCCCAGUGAGUAUAGCAAGCAUAAUUUACUGCAUAUACAGACUGAUUUUACUGUUGUGGGUUUAG